AUGUUUGUAUCAGUGGUGAGUGUGGUCCUGCUGCUGGCCAUUCUGUGGAUGAUUGCUGUACGACUCUGUGGACAUCAGAAUGAAACGCAAAGUCAAGAAGAUGCCAAUGCAGGUGGCAAACCAGAAACCACUUUUCCCAAACUCCUGCAGUUCUUUUUUAAGCGUCUCCCCGGUCCCCCAUCUCCAUCUCUUCCUGGUCCUCCCUCUUUCCCUUUUCUGGGCAACAUGCUGGAUCUGACCCGAGACCAUCUGCCCAUCCACCUGACCGCACUGGCACAACGCUAUGGAAACAUUUAUCGGCUUAACUGUGGCAGCACUACCAUGGUGAUAUUAAACAGCAGUGAGCUCAUCCGUGAGGCUCUAAUUAAAAAAUGGUCUGACUUUGCUGGAAGGCCUCAUUCAUAUACAGGUGACAUAGUGUCAGGUGGAGGGCGAUCGAUAUCUUUAGGGGACUACAGUGAGGAAUGGAAGGCUCAUAGACGUGUAAUCCAUGGUGCUUUACAGCGCUGCACCUCAGAUUCUCUGCAAACUGUCAUAGAGCUGCAGGCACGCCGUCUCAUUCAGGUAUUGAGGGACUACAAGGAAACUACAGUCGAUCUAUCUGAGGAUUUCACUGUGGCUGCCAGCAAUGUGAUCACGACACUAACUUUUGGCAAAUCUUAUGACAAGAGCUCAGAAGAGCUACAGAAGCUGCAGACCUGUCUCAAUGAGAUUGUGUCUCUGUGGGGUUCACCCUGGAUCUCCGCGCUGGACUCAUUUCCUCUGCUCAGGAAAUUACCCAAUCCACCCUUCUCCCGUCUCAUGAAGGAGGUUGAAAGACGCGAUGAGCUGAUUGGAAAACAUAUAGAAGAGUUCAAGAUAAGGGAUUCUGAAGAAGGUGGCACUCUGACGUCCUCACUUCUACAAUGCCAAGAAACGCCACAGGGGGCAGCAAAGCAGCAAAUGACUCUGACAGAUACCCAUGUGCACAUGACUACGGUGGACCUUCUGAUUGGAGGAACAGAAACAACGGCUGCUUUGCUCAACUGGACAGUGGCCUUUAUUUUACACAGACCUGAGGUUCAGAAUAAAGUGUACGAGGAGCAGCGUUCUGUCCUGGGGGUCCGGUACCCUCAGUACAGUGAUAGACACAGGCUGCCGUAUCUGUGUGCGACGAUCAAUGAGAUUCUUAGAUUGCGACCUGUAGCUCCUCUCGCCGUGCCACACCGAGCUGUCCGAAACAGCAGUAUUGCAGGAUACUUCAUCCCCAAGAACACUAUAAUCAUUCCUAAUCUGUUUGGUGCCCAUCAUGAUCCAGAGGUCUGGAAGGAUCCGUACAGCUUCAGACCAGAGCGCUUUUUGAAAGGUGGUGGAGGGUUCAUCCGUGCCCUGAUUCCAUUUGGAGGGGGGGCACGUUUGUGUUUGGGAGAGGCGGUGGCCAAAAUGGAGAUGUUUCUCUUCACUGCUUACCUACUGCGAGACUUUCAAUUCCUGCCUGCCAGCAAAGAGGAGCCUUUGCCUGAUCUUCGAGGCUUGGCCAGUGUGGUUCUUAAAGUAAAACCGUAUACAGUUAUAGCACGUUCAAGAGAACAGUAGUUUAUUGUAGCUGGAAGUGUUUUUCUUGACAACUCAAUGUAGAAAGCAUUUAUUAGGCAUCUCUGGGUACAACUGGGCAACAACUAGUUUAAGACUAUUAAACGUUUUAAAAUUUAUUUAGCAAACAUUGUUAUCCACAGGGACGUAAAUGAGUAAAGACAAGCCCAAUGAUAUUAGCAAAAUUGAAAAAGUUCAA